AUGGACCAACCAAUGCAAGGACAACCCAGACAGGCCAACCCUCUCGAUGACUUGACCGAGUCUGAAAAGGAAUACCUCUCAGACCUUAAGAUUCUACUUCAGCGCGUAUCAGCGGGAUGGACACAGGACGAUUUCCCACCAAAGGAGGUUGAUGAGAUGCUCAGGAAUAUCGAGGAAAUACACGCCACCAAUCGAAAACUGAUGAGGAGGCUCGACGAAGUCGCGGAAAGCCAAGAUCAUGAUGUAGAACUGGCCCUUGCUCUUAUUUGGUUUGUGGACAUUAUCGAGGCUCCCUAUUCCAACUACUGCAGGACCCAUGUGCCUCUCCUCGACAAUUGGCCUGAAAUCAUCAACAACUCCAGACUUCAAAACAUCUUGACUGCAAUCGCUGCUGAACAGGUUCAGCAUGUUACUCUAGAUUCUUUUUUGAUGAAACCAAUUGACCGGUUACACUACUAUCGGAGACUGUACAUGCGCCUCUUGGAUUCAUCGGAUCGAGGAAACCCCGACUUUGAGGCUCUGGAGGCGGCUUUCCUUCGAAUCGACUCCAUCUUGCGCCUUGUUACUGUUGAUGUGCCAGGAACAUCUCGCCACCCAGCUUCGCCAGCAUUGUCAGGCAUAUCCAGCAUGUCUGCCCUUCGCCAUGCUCUCCCGUCGCCUCCCAUUUCAGACCCAACAAACCACUCGCCCAACUUUCCACCUCAGAACCAACCAAUGAUGUCGCCCGCAUUGCCUCCAUCGCCCAUGUCACCAGGGAUGAGCCCUCGCCAACGCCAACAGCCAAACAACAACUCUCUGGACGCCAUGAUGGAACUUGAGCGGACAUUAGACACUACCAAAGUUUUCGAUCUGUUCACGAUGCAACCAAAGGCUUGCGCGCUUUCUUUGGGCUCGGUUGAACGUUCGGUCAUUAUUCGCGGAGACUAUUGCUUCACGGUGUCAACGGACGACAAUGCCGAAGAUAGAUUCGAGGAUGGACAUUUGUUGCUAUUGUCGGACCUCUUGUUGAUUUGCAGGACAAAGACGCAGGAUGAGAUCAGUCGCAAUGUCGAUGGUAACAUCUCGACCCACUGGCUUCUUUUCCCACCACUGGCCGUCCGCCAUGUCAUUGCCACUGACGUUACUCAGGCAGACCAAGUGCCAGUGAUCGAGUUGACCAUUGUGAACCGGGUCAAGACACGGAUAUGGAUUCUGGAGGAUCGCCUCAAGGCCGCAUGGAUUCAUGAGAUCAACAGCGCUCAGCAGUUUGAUUCUUCCAAGACGGUCCAACAGCAACAGCAGCAACAGCAAGGAGGUCAUCUCAACCGCAAUUUCACACAGACUCGACCUAUGCGACCAAUGGGACCUGGAUCGCCUCUCUCACCAACGUUCCAAGGUGGCCCACCUCCUCAACACUUCAACAACGGUCCUCUUUCACCGCCUAUGCCAGGACGACCUAAUGGACCUCUCUCGCCGGCAUUUCAAGGACACCCUGGAGGACCUGGCAGUCCUAUGCUCCGUCCUAGGCCAUCUAUGGGUGGCAGGCCCCCUAUGGGAGGUCCUAUGGGUGGGUCUAUGGGUGGGCCAAUGGGUGGGCCCAUGGGAGGGUCGAUGGGAGGACCGAUGCACUCACCUGGAUUCCGCCCUCAAAUGGCCCCUGGACGGCCUGGUAUGCUGCACCAUUACGGAGGAGGAUCGAUGCACGGACGCCCUCGUCCAAUGCAACGCGGAAUGAGUAUGCGGCGAGCAAACACCAUGGGAGGACCUCGAGGCCGUAUCCUCCAGAAGGGAGAUGUGGCGGCGCCCAAAGAGGUGAUGUACAAGAGCAAGCCGUGCGAUGUGUUUCAGUGGCGUGACGAUAUGUGGGAACCCCUGGUGGAAGAAGACGAUUGUUUUGUGGAGCUCCGACUGACAAUGUCGAAUCGCUUGGUGAUGGCGGUGAUUACGGCUGACCAAGGACAGUUGGUUCUGAACGCAUGGAUCGUCGGAUCGACCACCUUCCGGCGAGCAUCGGAGACGGACAUCAGUGUGUCGAUGGAUAUGGGUGCUAGUGUGCAAUGGUUCCUUGUGGCGCUCAACUCUGCACGGGAGGCAGAAGAGUUCUGUAUGUCGUUCCAGCGGACAAAGGACCGAGCGAUGUAUGACCCCAGUUUGCAAAAGUCGAGCUCUUCCCCGGUCCUGUCUCGUGGUGAUUCGUUGGCAUCGACUGUGACACAGCAGUCUGCGCGCGAGAAACCAGUGAAGCAGACACUGAACACGAUGUACCCACCAUCCGAGUGCAAACUGCUACUGCAGGCAGGAGACCACGGCCAAUGGAUCAGUUUGGGAGCGGCGCGUGUGGAGAUCAAGAUGGAGAGACCGUCUGGCCAUGUUCGGUUGUUUGUUGGACUGGUCUCGGGCAACAAGCGGGUGCUGGACAGUGUGAUUGUGCAAUGCGACUGUCUAGAGUUGGUCGGGCCCAAGAAGUUGGCGAUUACGCUGCAGAACCCACAGGAGAAGAUGAGCAUUAUUUAUAUGUUGCAGUUUAAGGACGAGGCGAUGACGACCAAGAUCUUUGAGGGACUGAGUCUCAAUGAGAACGAAUAG